GUUUCCUUGUAUAUGAAUUAAAUGUGUGGUUACUUCAGGCUAAUUCUACAUCCUUCUUCACUAUCUUUUCUCCUCCUCCGCCUCCUCUCUCUGACCCAUGGCCGCUCGCCCCGCAGCCCAUCAGAAUGACAAUAGUAUUGAUGUAAACUGUGUCGCCUUUGGGCCGCUGAAGCAUAUAACCCCUGCGUGCCUGCUCCAGCCACCAUCACAGUUUAUGGCUUUAUUGUGUCCCCUUUUAUGUGUGUCCCCCCCCACCCGGUGGGGUAGUCAGACAACAAUUUAGAAAAUUCACUGUAUGUGACUCUGUGAGUUUCCCUUCGUGUAAAUACACAUACAUCAGGAUCGAUUAGGCGGGGCAUGACACUUAAAAUUUAAAACAUUCUGUGUGUGAGACGAGUUAACUCAUCUCCCAAGGAGGCGUCGGCCUACAUCCAUCUGCCUACCUCCAGCCACUUUAGGGAAUCAUUUCAUCACAGAUGAAACACUUUGACUAAGAACUCUACCUUCUUGGUGUGUCCCUCGCUUUACCUCCCUCUCUGAUUUCCCCUCUCCAUCUCCCACCCUCUUUUCACUCUUCCCUUUCUUUUCCACAUUACCAGGGGGUGGCGUGUGAUUGACAGAUGGGAACGAAUAAUAAUUUUUUUUUUUUGUAACCUAAGGCCAUCUUCUGUGAUUGGCUUGCCAGCUGACAUCUCCAAACCUCAGCGCCCCCACCACCACCCAUCCCUCCACUUUAAUAUUAGGCCUGUGGAUGAGGCAUCCUGAGGGAGAAAAAAGUAGAGAGAGAGAGAAAAAGAUAUCUACCUUAGGGAAGAACCUCAGAGAGAGGGAGGGAAGGAGAGGACGGGUAGAAGCGUGUGUGCAUGUGUCUAAGAGACACUUAUUCUCUUAACUACUAGGAGACAGACACACUUUUCCUGGCCCGACUCAAAGAAAGGGGGAAAACAAGAGGGGGACUUCGUUUUCAAUAUCAUUUUUAAUUUCCCCCCGUCGUCCAACAAUCAAGCUGCCCUAAAGCUCCUCUUCCCGGAAACUCUUCUUUUCCUGCCUACUGGAAGUUCCAUGUAUUGAUCCAUUCACCCGCUUACACACUUACAAGGCUUACCUCAUGGAUUUGUAUCUGAUUGGAUAUUUGAUGUGUGUGUGGUUGUCCAGCUCACGGGUGCUUGGAGGCUAUCCCAUCUGGUGGUCCCUGGCACUUGGGCAGCAGUACUCGUCUCUGGGCUCCCAACCCAUCCUAUGUGGAUCUAUCCCUGGCCUGGUGCCCAAACAGCUGCGGUUCUGUCGCAACUACAUUGAGAUCAUGCCCAGUGUUGCAGAAGGUGUCAAGUUGGGGAUCCAGGAAUGCCAGCACCAGUUCAGGGGUCGUCGAUGGAACUGUACUACCAUCAAGGACAACCUGGCCAUCUUUGGCCCUGUGCUAGAUAGAGCGACUAGGGAGUCAGCAUUUGUCCACGCCAUUGCUUCAGCGGGCGUUGCGUUUGCAGUGACGCGGUCCUGCGCCGAGGGCACGUCUACUAUGUGUGGCUGUGACUCGCAGCACAGGGGACCUCCAGGAGAGGGCUGGAAGUGGGGCGGCUGCAGUGAGGACGCAGAGUACGGGGUGCUGGUGUCCAGGGAGUUCGCCGACGCAAGAGAGAACCGGCCAGACGCUCGUUCAGCAAUGAACCGGCACAACAACGAGGCGGGACGCACGACCAUCCUCGACCACAUGCACCUGCGCUGUAAAUGUCACGGCCUGUCUGGAAGCUGUGAGGUGAAGACAUGUUGGUGGGCGCAGCCGGACUUCCGUAUGCUGGGCGACUACCUGAAGGACAAGUAUGACAGUGCCUCAGAGAUGGUGGUGGAGAAGCACCGCGAGUCGCGUGGCUGGGUGGAGACACUGCGUGUCAAGUACGCCUUCUUCAAGCACCCCACCGAGCGCGACCUGGUCUACUACGAAGGCUCGCCCAACUUCUGUGAGCCCAAUCCAGAGACGGGCUCGUUUGGGACGCGAGACCGCGUCUGCAACGUGUCGUCGCACGGCAUCGAAGGCUGUGACCUGCUCUGCUGCGGCCGCGGCCACAACACGAGGACUGAGAAGCGCAAAGAGAAGUGCCACUGCAUCUUCCAUUGGUGCUGCUACGUCAGCUGUCAGGAGUGCGUGCGCGUCUAUGACGUUCACACGUGCAAGUGAGAGAGGCACGUGAUUACAGACAGACAGCCUGUCGGACUACAAGUGCUGCCCACCAACCUCUCACCCAACCCCAACUCAUGCAUGGUCGUCAUACUCCCCCCCACACACACACAAACACUCAUUUGCACGCACGCACAUGUAGGUCAAAAGGGUAACAGCACAUCAGAAAUGGAGCUUGAUAGUCCUUUUCAGCCUUUUGUGUGAAAACUCUGCACUAGAAUCUGUUUUCUAAACCACUACUCCCUAGAAAGUAUCCUGCAUUGACCAGACGAGGUGUGUUCCUGUGGGAUGAAGCCUGAUUUGUCUUGUGCCACUUAUCCCUAAUCCUGUCCCUGCAGCAUUGGCCGUGUGACCCUCCCUCCUUUAUUUAUUUCACCCCUUCCAACGCCAACACAAUGUUUGUGGGAAACACAGUAACACUUUUUACAUGUGAGAUUAAUGCAGAAAGAAAGAAAGAAAAGAAG